AAGCGAAGCUAAAAACAACCGUUUUACAGCAACUGACUGAUACAUUUAUUUGGCUAAUUGACCAUGUCGUCAUCUUUAUGCGACGACUCACAGCUCUCCAGGAAGCAACAUAAACAGGGCAGUUUGGCUGUGCAAAGAUAAAGGGAAGACGAUGUCUGGAAGUUUUUAUUUUGUCAUGGUUGGUCAUCAUGACAAUCCUGUGUUUGAGAUGGAGUUCCUGCCAUCUGGGAAGCCUGAAUCAAAGGAUGACCAUCGUCACCUGAACCAGUUCAUCGCACACGCAGCCCUGGAUUUGGUGGAUGAAAACAUGUGGUUGUCCAACAAUAUGUACUUGAAAACUGUGGACAAGUUCAACGAGUGGUUUGUCUCUGCCUUUGUCACUGCAGGACAUAUAAGAUUCAUCAUGCUGCAUGAUGUGCGACAAGAAGAUGGAAUCAAAAACUUUUUUAAUGAUGUAUACGAUUUCUACAUUAAGUUUGCAAUGAAUCCAUUCUAUGAAAUCAAUGCACCAAUCCGCUCCACGGCUUUUGAGAGGAAAGUACAGUUUCUCGGAAAGAAACAUCUCCUGAGUUAAUCACUUCACAUACACAAGGAUUUUUAUGUUUUUGUCUAUUUGUUGUAGAUAUGUUGUACCUAAUACACUUGUUUGAUGUAUGUUUGUCUUUUCCUGUUUUGACAAAAGCAAACUUUAUUCAACACAGAUGUGGAUUUUCUAUAAAACUUUCCUGUCUGAUUUACAUUUUUAAUAUAAUUUUGGUUUCCUGAUUUCUUGCAUUGGGUGUGGUGUGGAUAUGGCUACUGUAUGUUAAUUAUCAACAUUAUACUUUAAGGAAUAAACGCUUAAACUUA